AUGCGACAUCGCGCGUCGCGCAUCAAGACGUUCCUGAAGGAAGUCGUCGAGGUCGGGGGGUACGGCGAACGCGUGGGCGUGACGUGGACGCCGGGACACCCGCCGUCGCUGCACAUGCAAGACGAACGCGGGAACAACGUGGAGACGGCGAAACUGACGAGCGAGUGGACGGUGGAGCGCGUGGAGACGUAUUUGAACGAGCGAGGCUUUUAUAGACCGGGGCAGGAGAGGGAAACCGCGCGCGUGGAGCUUUAA